UGUACAAUAAUUAUUUAUAUACAUAUCUAAAAAAUAGUCAAAUUAAGCAAAAUAGUUAAUUAAAUUGAUCAAUUUUAGAUUUAUCAUAUAUAUUAUAUUUAUUUUAUUUGAAAUAAUAAUGAAAACAGAAAUAAAUACAUGUGUUUUGAUUACAUAUUCGAAUAUUGUAACAAAAACAAAUAAUCAUAAUUAUAAAUAAUUAAUAUUAAUGAAUAAACGAAAUUUAAAAGUUUAAUAAUUAUAUAAAAAAUAUUUAUAGGAACUUUAUCAUAAAAUGUUGUCUUUAUUUAAAUGAUAUAUGGGAAUAUGGGGGCGGAAUCGGCAGUUUCGAUCCAUUUAUGUAGGAGUGUGGGAACAAGUGCAAAGUCGAAAUAGUACUUUCUUAAUAAUAAAAAAAAGAUUUUAUUAUAAUCUAAAUAGUACAAAAAUUUUAAUUAUUUAAAACAAAAACUUUUAAAACCGUAACCUUAAGUAAUAUACGCAAUGCAAUAUUAAAAAAUUUUAAAUUAUUGUUAUCAUAAUCUCUAGAGUGUAUAAUUUUUAAAUAUUAAAAAUUUAUUUUUAAAUAUUUAAUUAUUUUAUAAAAUAUUAAUUAUCUGUUAAUAUGAAUAUGAUUUCAUUGAACUUUGUCAUGUUAAAGAAACAUAUCCUUUUGCUUAUAUUUAUGCUGAGUCAAGUUAAUAGUGAAGAAGAUCAUUUAUAUAGUGUACAGUAUACUAAAGAUAAUUUUUCAACAGAAAUUCAAAAGAAAAAUCAUCUUGUCAUGUUUUAUGCACCUUGGUGUGGUCAUUGUCAAAGACUGGAACCUAUUUGGGAACAAUUAGCUAAAAUGUCAUAUAAUGAAGAUAGUAACGUAAAAAUUGCUAAAGUAGAUUGUACUACGGAUGGUAGUUUAUGUGCAGAACAUGAUGUUACUGGUUAUCCUACAUUGAAAUUCUUUAAAGCUGGAGAAGCUAAAGGUAUUAAAUUCAAAGGUACAAGAGACUUAAUAUCUUUAAUAUCCUUUCUUACUGAUCAUUUAGGUAUUACUUUUGGGAGUGAAAAUAUCAUACCAUCACCUCCUGAAGCAGUAAAUGGUUUAUUAGAAUUAACAGAAGAUAGUUUUGAUAAACAUGUGUCUAAUGGUUAUCAUUUUGUAAAAUUUUAUGCACCUUGGUGUGGCCAUUGUCAAAAAUUAGCUCCUACUUGGGAAGAAUUAGCUAAUAGUUUACGUAAUGAUAAUUAUGUUAGCAUUUCUAAAGUGGAUUGUACUCAGCAUCGUAGUGUUUGUGGACAAUUUGAUAUAAAAGGAUAUCCAACGCUGCUUUGGAUUGAAGAUGGAAAGAAGGUAGAUAAAUAUACUGGACAACGUACUCAUGAAGAGUUAAAAGCUUAUGUAUCAAAAAUGCUUGAAAAAGAAAAUGACCAAAUGGAUACUAAGACUGAUAAUUCAGAUAGUACAACUCAUGCUGUACUUAGUUUAACUGGUGAAAGUUUUAAACAUGGUAUUGAAAACGGUAUUUCGUUUGUUAAAUUUUUCGCACCUUGGUGUGGGCAUUGUAAACGUUUAGCGCCUAUUUGGAAAGAUCUGGGGAAGAAAUUUUUGACAAAUGAAAAUGUGAAAAUAGUCAAGGUAGAUUGUACUCUUGAUAUAAGUAAAGAAUUGUGUAAUGAACAAGAAGUAGAUGGUUUUCCAACAUUAUAUUUAUAUCGUGACGGACUUAAAGUUUCUGAAUAUAAUGGUGCUCGAAAUUUAGACGAUCUUUACGAAUUUAUAAUGACCUAUGUACAGCCACAUGAUGAAUUAUAAUUAUACUUAUUUUUCUUAUAAUUUAUCUAAUUUUAAAGCAAUACCAAUAAUUUAAUUUGGAUAUAAUUAAAUUUUGGAUAUAAUAGCGUAUAUUUAAUUUAAUUAUAUAUAAAUGUAAGAAAUAUCGCAUAAAAAUUCUCAAAUAUCCAAAUCAUAUAUUUUUUGUUUUUAUAUUUUAUAUAAAAAAUAUUUUUGUGUAAACGAAUCGUGUACUUCCAAGAUAUAUGUAUAAAAUUCGUGUUUGAUGUGCUUCAAUCAAGCAUUAAUCAUUAAAAAAUUUUGAAUACAAUAAUUUUGUAUAUAUUAUUAUUGUAUAUAUUAAAUAGUCGUAGGAUAAAAUGAGCGUAACCACUGUCCGCGUUCUUUAUCUAAGUAUAAUGUUUUACGUUUUACGAUUAUUUCUCGUUCAAGGUCGCUUCUUGCUUUUGUUAAACCUGCCAAAGUUUCUUCGGCCACUUUUAAUUCUGCUAGCAUAGCCGAUGUACGUUCAUUUAAUAAUUUCACCUCUUCUAAUAAACUGAAUGGAACAUGUUAAAAUAAAUAUGUUUUAUAUAAAAUCA